AUGCCGCUCAUUGUUUUAACCGGGUACCCGUGCUCCGGUCUCACCUACCGUGCCAACCAGCUAGCAUCUUUGCUUGAGAAACAUCAAGAUGAAGUGUUCGCAGCAUCCGAGGCUGGCGCGCAGGUCUCCUUGAAGUCCAGAUACAAGGUGCAUAUUGUCGCUUCACACGAUACCUCUCACCCACGGAUCGUCUAUGACCAUGCCCGCACCGAGAAGGAGGCGCGCGGCGUCGCCUAUGCGAGAGCUAAGCGUGUGCUCAAGCGGGACAGCAUCGUCAUCCUUGACGGAAUGAAUUAUAUCAAGGGUUGGAGGUACCAGCUGUGGUGCGAGUCGAAAGCUGCGCAAACAACUUGCUGUGUGGUUCACGUCGGAACACCCGUCGACCAGUGUGUCGCCAACAAUGACGCCAGAUUGCGCCGAGAUGCCAACAAAGAAAAAGACCCCAACUCACCAGAUGCGCAGCCCUCCGAAGCUCAAGAUACCCCCGCAACCGAAUCCGCACAGCCUGCCGAGGACACUGAGGAGGCAUACCCACCCGAACUACUCAAUAACCUCAUCUUCCGCUACGAGGAACCUAGCACACACAGUCGUUGGGAUAAGCCCCUGUUCACGGUGCCCUGGGCCGACGCGGAGCCCCCGGUAGCGGACAUCUUCGAAGCCCUGACAGGAGUAGUCCUCCCCUCAACUGAAACCCCCACCCUAUCUGCCGUCCCAAGCCUAGCGGAUUCCCUCGCGGCUACCAAUAUCUCCGAUGCCGCCAGUACAGCAACAGGCACUCGUGGUGGCGGUCGCGGCGGACUUUCAGUACGCGCGCGCCUCGUCCCUCACCAAGCCACCGUGCAAGCAGUGUCCACGGACCCGAACGCAAUGUACGCAAUGGAGAAGCGGACGUCAGCAGUCGUGACUGCAAUCCGCAAUUUCACGCAGAAUUGUCCAUCUGCCGAGGUAGCGCUUGCGCAGAGCAAGCGCAAGGAUGGAAUCGCCAUUGACGUCCCAGAGGGAACUGUUCCUGUUCUCGUUCCAUCGCAUAUCGCUAUGUCCGGAACAACAGAUGAACUCGCCGGUGCGGGCGGCAUCUUGGCUCUACCGCGACUGCAGCGGUUGCGCAGACAGUGGAUUAGCUUGAACAGAGCAUACAUUGGUCGGGGACAUGGUGCUGGAAGUGGUGCGCUGACAGCUGAUCAGAUUGGGGAUGCAUUUGUGCGGUUCCUUAAUGCUGAGAUCUCGGGCGAGGUCGCAGAGGAUGCUGAAGAUUAG